AUGCAUAUGUUUGUUAUUCUAAUUGUAUUGAUUCCAUCGGUGAUAAAUUUAGAAUGUUAUUUUUGUAAUUCAAAUGACGAUGAAGAGUGUGCAAGUGAUAAUCUACCUGAUAUAUAUAAAAAUCAUUGUGAAGUAUCUCUGGAUCCUUAUUGUCGAAAAAUCAUUCAAACAAUUUCAGGCAGCAAGAGUGUUGUACGAACAUGUGGUUCAAAAUCUGGAUUAAAAACAUGUUAUAAAACAGCCGGAAAGAAUACGGCAAAUGUUUGUUCAUGCAAUACUGAUUAUUGUAAUAAUGCAAUAAGUUUAAAUCAACAACAACGAAUAAUAACAAUGAUCUCAUCGCCUAUUGUUCUUGCAAUUACAAUGAUUUUUCUUCGUUAA